UCCCAGAAUUCAGCGCAGUGACGACAAUAACAAAACACAGCAGCAGAAGCGCUAGCGCAACCCAGCGAGACAAAAACUCGAUGACAAAACUCGCAUCUCAUUACCAGCCAUCCUAAAUUAGAUUUAUUGACAGAUGAACUACUCGUGAAUUCACACGAGCUUAUUUUGGAUGGAUUCGUGCGCUUUAUGGGAUUUAAAAAUAAAGGCCCGUGUUUGGAGUGAUGAGCGUUAGCCAGUUAGCACGACAGCUUCAACCUUUAGCUGACAGAAACCGUCACAUUUCAGCCAAAAUUAACCAAAUAUUCCGCGUUGACGCGGAGAAUGGACUGAAGAGAGCUCAGCCAUAAUUGACUAGAUGAACAACUCAAGCUGGAGUCAGACUCAGUGGAGAAUUCAUCAUGAAGUUGUAUGUGUUUCAAGUCAACAAUGGAAGCACGUUAACGUUUGACACUGAACUUGCUGUCCAAACUGUUUUGGACCUUAAACAUGCCAUUCAGGCCAAAUAUAAGAUUGCGAUCCAGCACCAGGUGCUGGUGGUCAAUGGAGGGGAAUGUAUGGUGGCAGAGAGGCGCGUGUGCAGCUACAGCGCUGGGACGGACACCAAUCCGAUUUUCUUGUUCAACAAAGAGAUGAUCCUGUGCGACCGAGCUCCAACCAUCCCUAAAACGACCUUCUCUAUAGAGAAUGAGAUGGAGCUGAAGGUGGAGGAGUCGCUCAUGAUGCCCGCUGUCUUUCACACGGUCGCCUCCCGCACACAGCUGGCUGUGGAAAUGUAUGAGGUUGCCAAGAAGCUCUGCUCCUUUUGUGAGCGACUGGUCCAUGAUGAACACCUUCAGCACCAGGGAUGGGCGGCCAUCAUGGCUAACCUGGAUGACUGCACCCUGUCCUACCAGAAAUUGCUCCUGAAGUUCGACACUGCUUAUACAAAUUACCAACAGGACUUUGAGGACAUCAAAUUAAAACUCACAAAGCUGGGCACUGCUGUCUCAGUCAUGGCCAAGAUUCCUCUACUUGAAUGUUUGACUCGACACAGCUACAAAGAAAGCUUGGAGAAAUCCAGCACCCCAAACCCGAAAACCACUGAUGAAGAGGAUGAAAACGAGGGCGAAGGAGAAACGUCCACCCGGUCCACUAUACAUUGCCCCGCAGACUCGCAGAAGAAUCUGAAAUCGCCUUCACCGGUCUCUUGCGCAGGAGAGACAUCAUCCCAAGCAUCAUCCUCUCCUCAAGACAGAUUAAAGAGCAGCUGUAGCCUGAAAGCAGCAUUACAGGAAGAGGAGGAGUCUCCUGAGAGGGAACCCAUGCCCUUUUUUAAUGUCACGUUGUUGGAUUGGAUCAAUGUGCAGGACAGACCCAAUGACGUGGAGUCGGUAGUUAGAAAGUGUUUUGACUCAAUCAACAGGCUUGAUCCACGAAUAAUCCAGCCGUUUCUAACUGAAUGCCGUGAGACGAUUACCAAACUGGAUAAUCAGAACAUGAAGGCCAUCAAAGGUCUUGAGGACAGACUGUAUGCACUUGACCAAAUGAUAGCAAGCUGUAAGAAGUUGGUCAACGAACAGAAGGAACUUGCUCAGGGAUUUCUUGCCAACCAGCAGAGGGCAGAAAACCUGAAGGACACCUCAGUUCUGCCCGAUCUGUGUUUAAGUCACGCCAACCAGCUGAUGAUCAUGUUGACCAACCACAGGAAGUUGUUAGACAUCAAGCAGAAGUGUACCACUGCCAAACAGGAGCUCGCCAACAACCUUCAAGUUCGUCUCAAAUGGUGCUGCUAUGUGAUGCUUCACGCCGAUCAGGAUGGAGAGAAGCUGCAGGCUCUCCUGAGGCUUCUGACGGAGCUGCUGGAGCGAGUGAGGGUUGUGGAGGCUCUCAGCACCGUUCCACAGAUGUACUGUCUCGCCGUAGUGGAGGUGGUCAGGCGAAAAAUGUUUAUAGGACACUACAGACAAUGGGCUAACGCUCUUGUCAAAGAUGGAAAAAACCUCUAUGAGGCGGAAAAGGUAAAAAGGGAAACGUUCGGGAAGCUUUUCAGAAAGUCAUUUCUCAGAAAUCGGUUGUUUCGUGGGUUGGAUUCAUGGCCACCCUCUUCAUUUUGUACCCGAAAGCCUAGAAAGUUUGACUUUGAGCUUCCAGAUAUUUCCCUGGGUGACCUGCAGUAUCUCAAGUCAUGUUGUCCUUCCGAGGUUCAACCUUACCUCAGGGUCCCAACACUGUGUGACUUUCAGCCACUGAACCAUCAUGUGGAAGUUCUCCAACAGCUGGUUCAGGCUGCUCAAAGUGUGGAUGAGAUGUCACAAACCAUCACAGACCUACUAAAUGAACAAAAGGUUUCCUGUAGCCACAGUGCUCAAAGAUCCAACGUGUUUACACCCAGAUCUGAAAGCACAACUCCAAUCACCUCUACCUCCACCAAAACAUUGUCCACUCUCAGUCUAAAAGCACCAGACUGCCAACCCUUGAGUCUUCCUGGUCCAUUGGAGGACUUAUCACCAGACAGCAUAGAUGCUCAGACUUUCGAUUUUGAAACCAUUGGACACCCCAAUAUGGAUACUGUAUUACAGCAAGCCUCUUUGGACUUGGACUCGUUGGCAGGAAGUCCAGAGUCGGAUUUUAUGUCGGCAGUUAACGAAUUUGUUAUAGAGGGGAAUUUGAUGUCACCUAAUCCUAUCAGUGAUCCCACAAGUCCAGAGAUGAUGGUGGAAUCUCUUUACUCUUCUGUCAUAAAUGCAAUCGACAGCAAGCGCAUCCAGGACACUACUACGCUCCAGAAGGAAAACUCAAAGAUUGCAACGCUCAAGCUGUCCGUGGAUCGGUAUCGUUCUGCUGCGGAAGAGUCCAAGAACAAUUUGAGGAAAGUUAAAGAAGACCUUUAUCACUUUCGGGGACUUGUUUUGAAGGAACAACGGGACUUCGGGUUUGCACUGAAAACAACAACCAUUGAGGUCCGAAAUGUUCUCAACAAUAUCAGAGACCGCCACGAAGAGAAUCUAAGAGAAACGCAACAAACCAAUCUCAAGAGUCUGAAGGAAGAUCACGAAAAGCAGUUACUUACCCUCACGGAAGAGCUGGAGGGCAAUCGGAAAAUUGUCAGAGAUGUCCAGAGAGCGAUGCUGGAUCUUGAGGGACUUGUGGAGCGCAAGGAAAAGGAAAUAUCUCAGCUGGAGAACGAGAAGGAACGUUCUAUGCAAGAAGAGCAGAACCUUCACAAACAGGCCGUGCAAGACCUUGAGGUGAAGAUCUUGAAGCAAAGCGAAGAGCUGAAAGCUGCGUUGUUGUCCAAGGAUGAACUUGCUGGGCAACUGGAGAACCUUCACUUUGAGAUUGAGCGUGGCCAACAGAGAAUAAAACAGGAGAUGGAGAAUGCAGAGAAGAUGCACCUUCAAGAACUUGAGGAUCAGUUGAAGCAACAACAUGAAGCAGAGCUCAAAUCUAUGAGACUGGAGAAACAAAGUGCACUUGACAACCUUGCCCAGGAGAACCAGGUGAGGCUAAGAGAGGUGAUGGAGACCCACUCGGUCGAACUCAAGGAGCGUGAGGGACGCCUAAAAGAUUUAGAUGCCCGUGUCACAGAACUUGCAGAUGCCCGCUGCAAACUAGAAGUCGAGUUGGCGCUUAAGGAUGCAGAGACAGAGGACAUGAGAAUGCAAUACGAGGAAGUCAAAAGUUCCCAGGAGGAUGCGUUGAAAGCAGAGUUGGAUGCUCAAACUACCGCCUUGCAGACGCAGAUCGAUACGCUAAAUCAGCAGCUCCAACAGAAGAACGAAGAGUACGAGUUGGGCCAAGCCAACCUUCGAGCUCUCAUGAGAUUAGAAAAGGACCACUGCAUCUCUGAACUCGUGGAUCGACACGAAGAGGAGAGCACCUUGCUCCGUCACGAGUUUUCAGCGCUCAAGCAGAAGUCACAGGAUGCGGAGAAAGACUCCGAGGAACGAAUUCAGAAGAUCCAGGAGGACUUUGAUGGCCAGCUAGAUGCCUUACGGAGGGAAAAGGAGGAGACGCAGAAAGCUUUUAAAGAGACAGAACAAGAUCUGAGGACUGUUAUUGGUGACCUGCAAGCAGAAAACGGACUGCUGUCUGGAAGAUUGGAACAAGAGAGGAUUGAAGCCCAGCAGAGGGCAGAGGAGCAGAAAGAGGAGGCGGUUAAAUCUGCAUUACAAGAGGCCUUAAGAGACGUUCAACUCCAAAAAGAGGAGAUUGAGAGCAGACUGUUAGGAAAAAUUGAACUACUUGAAAUUCAGCUUAAAGACAGACAAUCCACUGAGAUGGUGGCAUCUUCUGUAGAGCAGACUGAGGUUGGUGUUGAUGCCUGCACUGGGUUUCCCCUACACAGCGGUGAGUGGACCGAGGAGAGGGCGUCUCUCUUGGCCAAAAUGGAGCUCUUGGAACGCACAAAAAAUGAAGAGAUGCAAAACCUGAAGACCUCGCUCAUUGCUGAGCAGCAGACCAACUUCAAUACUGUUCUGACAAGAGAAAAGGUGAAGAAAGAGCAAAUCAUCAACGAAUUGACCGAGAAGCUCAACAGCGUCAUGCAGCAACAAGAAAAAGAUAAAGGUCUGAUUGAGACGCUUUCCGAGGACCGCGCCACCAUCCUUCAGGAGAAGAAACAGCUGGAGGAGGAGCUUAACCGCAUGCGAAACACCGUCCUUGUGUCCUCAUCCUUUUUUCCACCAAAUCCCCCACCUGUUCUCACAGAAGCCCAAGGUGCCUGUGGGCCUGCCCAUCCUGAAGUCCUCUCCCCUUUUGCCUCCGACCCGGAGAGGCUGGCAUCCAUGGCUGCGUUUAAGGAUGACGAGAGGGUGGAGUCAGCCGUGGAGGCCAGCAUGAUGACAGUGCGUGACAACCCUAUGCUAUCUGAAGAAAAACAACGCAUUUUGAUUUUGGAAAGGACCUUACAUAUGAAGGAGGAAGAGAACAAAAGACUGAGUCAAAGACUGAUGUCACAGAGUAUGUCGUCCGUAUCAUCAAGGCACUCAGAGAAGAUCGCCAUUCGAGAUUUUCAGGUGGGCGACUUGGUUCUCAUCAUUUUGGACGAGAGGCACGAUAAUUAUGUUCUCUUCACUGUCGGACCCACCCUUUAUUUCCUGCAUUCAGAGUCUCUUACAGCUUUGGACCUCAAGCCAGCGAGCGGAGCCACACGGCGGCCGUGGGUUUUGGGAAAAGUCAUGGAGAAGGAAUAUUGCCAAGCCAAAAAGGCUCAAAACCGGUUCAAAGUUCCUCUUGGCACCAAAUUCUACAGAGUAAAAGCCGUACCGUGGAAUAAGAAAGUGUAAUCUUGUAAAAUUAUCAUAUUGUAAUGAGCUCACUGUUUUUAUUGUUUUGUUUUUUAAACAGACUCGCUCAUCUUUAACAAAACCAUUUUCCCCCUGAUUGUUUUGCCUCUGUUGCAGCCCGUUUUAUCACUUUUUUUUAUACGCAGAGGAUUUGUAAAUGUGGACCAAAUGAUAAUAACUUUAUCAGCGUAUGAUGGCUCGAGAGCCAUUGCGAAAAGUCUGUAAAGCUAAAAUGAAGCAUAUUUGGAUGUUAUAUAUUAGUUCAUCAUUAUUAUCAAUAUAUUGGGGCGGGUGGGACACUAUCACGAUCCGCUUAAUUACUUAAGAAGGUUAUGAAAAUAUACAUUUAUUGUAAAUGUUAACAGAGGAAUGGUCAUGGCAUGCAUAUAGAUAUAUUUUCUUUAAUUUUCUCGUCUGGAUAUGCGUUGUAGUCGGACGAAUCGGUAUAAAAAUAUAACUGCUGAUUGUCACUCACAGCACAGUAUGACCCGCCUGUUUAUUAUGAAGUACGUUUGGACGGCCUGGCAAAGGCCAGAUCUCGCAAUCCUUCAGAUGCACUUUCAAAAAAAGACGACGUUUUGUUGAUUUUAAAAGGGAGGCGUUUGUGCUGUCAAAAACAAGCAUUGGAUGGAUGAAUAACAGCACAUAUCUUCUCUGUUGUAGGACGUCGAGAUAUAGAAAGUAAUAUUUCAUGUUUGUGAAUGUGUGUCUUUAUUGAAUUUAACAAUGACAUUGUAUAUUAUCCAUUACAUCAGUAACGAAAACAUGACUGUAUUGUAAAAGAAUUUAGAGUUUUCAAAACAAUAAAGGUUUGAUCCCAAACUCCUCGCUUUUAAGUGCAUUUCCCACAAUUCAGCGUCAGAUUUAUUCUGCCGUACGUUGGGGAAGUGUUUGCUUGCGUAAAUAAAAUAAACAGGUAUGCUUUUAA